CUACUUUACUUAUUCAACAAGCUAAACUAGAUCUAGGCAGCAGUGACACAUCUGUAUUGUGCCAUAGAGGAGAGUGCAUUCUGCAGGUGUACAUUUGGAAUUCAACAGCAGCAAAGCAUCAAGACACAACAUUACUUUGAGAAAAAUCUCAGGUGUUUACCCAGUUGGAAUGAUGAGUCCUGCCAUACAAAGCUUUGCCCUUAUCUUUCUUGCCUGGUUUUCAGUCGGGGUUGAUGCCUAUGGAAAUGGCCUAGUUACUGCUGCAUGUAGCUCAAUGAUGCCGCAACAUGGUGCCUCAGCACAGACCUCCUCCUCACCAUACAUUCUAACUUUGUCUAAAACUACUUACAGUCCUGGAGAAAAGAUUACAGCUACUCUCACCAGCAGUAGUGGUUCCACUCAGUUUAAAGGUUUUCUAAUCCAAGCCCGAUCAGCCAGUGAUACCACCCCUUGGGGUUCGUUCCAAGUGACGUCAGAUGCACAAACUCUUACUUGUACAACUGCUGCUGACUCAGUCAGUCACGCGUCCAGUUCUAGAAAGACCAGUCUACAGGUGACAUGGAUAGCACCGACAUCCACCACUGCAAAUAUUCAAAUCAGAGCCACAGUCGUACAAACAGAGUCGGUUUUCUGGACUAAUGUCAAUAGUCCAACACUUUCAUAUAUGGCGGUGCCCAGCAACACAGCUAGUUCCACAGCGAGCACCACUACCACCACUUCCGCCACCACUACCACUGCCAUAUCAGGUUCCACCACAACAACCAGUAGCACCUCUAGUUCCACUUUAAACAAUGGAGCAUCAGUUACAAAAACAACAUCUAUCAACAACAACCAGUCUAGUGGUGGAUCCCAACUUUGUAUCCAGAAUUUUCAAGCAUUCCUAUUGUUUUGUCUUGUCGUGGUCGUUUCUUUCUUGGUACAAUGAAUGCUGGUAGUUUUCUUCAAGACAGAAGAUGUGAUGUCUUACAUGUACUGUAUAUAUAUAUAUAUUAAAAUGAUGAUAUGUCAAUGGCAAGAUGAUUGUAGAAAUACAGGAUGUUAGUAUGGCAUAUUUUUUGUAUUUUUUUUUAGACUACAAUUAAACAGGUAUUGAGGUCCAAAGCCGAGAGAUGAUGUAUCAACAAUCUAAAAAAAAAAAAAUGCAU